AUGGUCCGGGCCUUCGUGCUCCUGGCCCCGGGCGGGCCCGCCGGCCAUGCCCCCUGCCGGGUGCUGUACGCGCGCACCUUCGGGACCCUUCCCGGGACCGCCUCCGGGGGCCCUCGGCAGCGCCUCCGCCGGAAGGAGCAGCUGCUGGUCGUGGCCAGGCAAGUGGUCUCCCAGUGUCAACUGCUUCAGUCAUCCUUGGGCCGCCUACCCUCCCCACAACUUCCUCAGCUACCCGAUGAGCCAAUGUCACUCCAAGAUGCUCCAGGGGGUCUUUUCCAGAUGCCCCCUGGAGACCCAUUCCCUGAGCGAGUGACAGUAGUCUGGUUAUCAGUGCUGGCCCUUGCCUUCGCCUUGGUUUGUGAACCCCAAGAGAAUCUAUCCUUGGCUGAGAUCACCCUGCGGCGGCUGGCUCCCCGCCUGCUCUUCUCCCUUCGUCUUCUUGGACCCGGCGCUGAUGUCCUGCUCCGUCCUGACGCUGCUGAUGGCCUCCUGGACCGUCUCCUACCCCAUGGACAGAUGCUUUUUCUUAAUGAAUGUUUCCUCCAGGCAAUGGACCGAGAUAUGGGUAUCAAAGCAUGCCGCUGAGCUAGAGAUGACAUUCCUGCCUACCAUCCAGAUAUUUUUGUGGGAUGACAGACAAGAGAGGGAUAAGAGAUGAUCACCAAGCCCCAGUGGGAUGGAUGAGAAAUACAGUUCAGGAAUAAAGAGCAACAAGCCAGCUAAGAGCAGGGUUUUAAUCCAUUUAUCCCCCAACACCAUCAUGGGAGAGCUAAUAACUAUCCUCAUAAAUCCACCUGGAGCUGGGACAGUGCCAACUUCCCACACUGUUUUCCCACACUGUUUUCCUACACUGCAUUCCUGCACCAUUCUGUGUGCACAUGACAGCGAGUGGAGGCUGCAUGUGGCCAUGAAUGGAUGCUAAAAGAGGGACCCUGGGUUGUGGUUACCCCAGCUGGGCACUGUGGGGCAGGCAGGGGGUCUCUGGCAGGGGAGACAUGGCUCUGGGAUGGGACCUUGUCAGGGUAGAUGGGGCAACCAGGGAUGUACAUCUAGCCAUGGAGCAUUGGAGUCUCUGCGUGGGGGAUUAAAUAAACAGGCAGUGGGGCAGGAUGUAGCCAUGUGCCUGGCACAGCAGGGUGGUUGUCCCUAGAUGGUGCUGCCUGGGGCCAGAGGACCACCCUGGGAGGUGGCAGGAACUGGCACCCACUUACCCAGCUCUGCAAGGUGUAGUGGGGAGCAGCAUCCUACUGUAGCAUUUUCUGGGUUCUGGGAAAUCCAGGGGGGCUGGAACUGGCGUGCAUAGCUCUUCACCAGUGUGUUGAGAACAGGCUGUGCAGAGGGGCUGUCACGGGGCCAGAUCCCAAAGUGCUUUCCCUUGUAACUGCACCAGUGAAGCUGAAGCUCCUGAGGAGCGGCACUGGGCAUUGGGCUUCAGCCAUGAUGGGUCUCUGACUGUGCUGGGGGAUUUCACUGUGCUCUGGAGGUGUGGGAGCAUUGGAGGCCACUGUGGCAUCCCAAGCUUUCAGGGAAGGGAGCACCAUCUUCACCUUCCCAUGUGAAUAGCAGCUGUCACAUAAUGCACCCACAAGUGGCUUGAAUACAACCAAGAGCCGAAGAGAGAUUAUCCUGGAGUGUUUCAAUGGUGUUAGCAAUUUAUUGUUAAUGAGAAUCAACGUGAAUCCAAAUGUUUGGGCCAUUACUGUGUAUGCACUGAUAGGGUUCCAGUGGCUGGAUUUGAAUAUCACCUGGUUUAUGGCCAAAAUUCCCUUGAAAAUCAGCCACCUGAAUUGGAUCAAACAGGAUAAUUAUUUGUGUGCAGCGAUUUCCCUCUCCACCCUGAGGUCUAGUAGAUUCAGGGGGAGUUGAAGGAGAUAAAGAAUCAUCUUUUCCUAAUUCUCUGUCAUGGGGAUCGCCCUGUAUGUUUCCAUCCCAUGUAAGUCUGCUAGACUUUUCCUGGAACUUUGAUAUCUUGGUCACCAUAUAUGGCACCGUUUUGGUAGCAGUUUGGUGAUCCUAUUAAUCACCUGCAUUUCAAUUUUAAGUAAAGGUCAUAAUGUUAUUUCCUCAUCAUCAGGUGAAAAUGUUACGUGUAUUUUUUUGUCAGAGUAACAGACCUGUUUACUGUCUUCCAGCUCCCUGAUUGGAUACAGAAAGUCAGAGUUGUAUUGUAUUUCUGCAAAUUGUCCAGAUG